GAAUUUCCGGUACGUAUUCUCGCGCCUAUAUGUACGUACAAAAUCGCAUGAUUAUUAUUAUCGAUGAUCGGUCUACAAAAAGAUAUAACGAUCAAGACUAGUGAAGUUUUUGCUUGGAUUACUAGUGUUAUUUCUUGCUAGAAACACAAAUUAAACUAUUGUUAAAACACAUCUUCUCCGAUUAGUCGUAAAAGUAGUUUGUUAUGCGGCGAAUCGUAGGGUCUAUAAUAUGCGAGACGUACUAGUCAUUUCAUUGGCAUGGAUUUUCGUGAUAGAACAAGGUCUGUGCGGCAAACUCGAGCGAGUUGCUCAUCGACCCAACAAUGUUCUCGACGAUUAUUAUGCCUAUCGUCACAUCUCUAUUAUCCACUUCAAUGUUCCGGAUUGCACGGUCGCUGCAAAAUUCAAGUUCACUGUAAAAGAAGAAAAAAUUGGUGGAAUAGGUGGAUGUUCAGCUCGAAAUGUCUCUAUAUUUUUGAAAUCUGGCAGUCUACCAUUCGUACGACCUGAUGGAUCGAAGAUAGCAGCAAAACUUAUGAAAGAGAGACGUCAGUAUUAUUCUUUAGAUAUGGAAAGUAAUGGAUAUAACGAUUCGAUAAGAAUCGAUGCACCUUCACCGGGUGAUUGGUAUGCCAUUGCGUUUCGAUCUUGGAGCGAUCCUGAUAAUGGAAAGAUUACGCAACAAGGACUUGGAGCAUCGUGUGAUACUAUAUUAGAUGCAGAAUUACUAUUAGAAUCUGCUUCUAUAGUUUCGUCAAUGGAUCCAAAAUGGAAAUAUGAGGUGCAUAUGAACGAAAGCAUGGAUUCAGCUGUAAUACAGUUAUUAAUUCCCGAUGAGUUUGUGGAGUCUAAUUUAUUAUUUACAUCAAGUUGCGGUGAAGAAUGCACGAUCGCGGUUUACGUGACCGCGGAAGAUUAUUUAACAGGAAUGACAUUAAAUACUACAAAUGGCACUGUAUUCUUCAAGCCCUAUUCAGAUGCAUUUCAUUAUGUAACUCUUCGUUUGCUCUCUGGAAACUCCUCGAAUGUAUCCUUGCAAUUAUUCGAUAAUUCGUCCACUUAUGACUUGGAUCAAGUGAAGUUAGUGGAUUUAAUGAGGAAAUCCUUACCCGAUUUUUUUCUCUUUGAUUAUGAACAUCUGCAAGGAAACAGUAUAAAACCAUCAGCUUUUAAUUUAACUUCAAAUACUUUAUCCGUCCUUAGCUUCGAAAUCGGUAGAGUAUACGAUGUUGGUGGUACAUUGACUAUAGGAUUAAAAAUAGUUGACGUGAAAGAUAAAGGGAAAAAAAAUAUCAUUGUGAUCGCUUGCAUUUCAUUAGGUUAUUAUUCGAAUAUCACUGCCGGUGGAAGUUGUACACGUAUGGAAAAUACAACGAUCGCGGACAUUUAUGUGAAUUCCACAGGGCCAGCCACUCUUCACAUUCCAUUUCCAGAACCAGGAAUCUGGCAUAUAAGUUUGAAAGCAUUUUGUGUGGAGGAAAAUUGCCAUUGUAUCGGAACUUGUCUAAAUAAUACUAUAUGUGAAGACUGUGAUUGUAUGAAUCCCUGCGAUGCCAGAGUAGAGAGUCGUAUUUCUUCAUUACCUUGCAUCGAAGGUCGGUGCAAUUCUCGCGGGAAAUGUAUGCAUUAUAUGAGUGGCGGUUUUGUAUUUGCCGCAUGUCAUUGUUCAGGUGCUUACCGAGGUUUUGAUUGUGCGGAUGAUACUUAUGUACUCAGCAACAGCGACAUAAUAGUCCGAGUAUUAAUGUUAACAUGCAGCAAUCUGGCUUUCAUUGCUUCUGUUUAUGUGGCAAUACGUCGACAAUACUUCACAGAAGCUAUAGUUUACGCUGCUGUGUUGUUCUUUUCAACAUUUUAUCAUGCUUGUGAAGCUGGAGAGGACGUAUACAGCGUAUGCAUUAUGAGACUGAGUGUGUUACAAUUCUGCGACUUCUUCAACGCUCUUUUGUCUAUUUGGGUAACAUUAGUAGCAAUGGCUUCGUUCGGACCCAAACUUACUGCUUUUUGUCAAAUAACUGGAGCUGUUAUUCUCGCUAUGAGUGCUGAAAUGGAUCGUACAGCCCUCUGGGUAUUUCUCCUGCCAGCUGUAACGGGUUCUGCAUUGAUUGGUUUUUCUUGGGGUAUAAGAUGCAAGAGAAGAGGUACGAUUCGUUAUCCAUCACGUCCUUAUAGAAACAUUUAUUUUCCGGCUGGUCUCCUAUUAGUUUCCGUCGGCCUCGUUUGUUACGCAUUUCUGCAGACAAGGAGUAAUUACUAUAUUGUGCACAGUUUGUGGCACGUGUGUGUCGCUAUAGGAGCUAUACUCCUUCUACCAAAGCGAAAGUACAUGAAAUAAUUGUUUUUCUGUAAAAUGAAAGUUAUUGAAAAGUUAUAUAUUGUAUUAUAUAUUGAAAAAAAAUCUCGUUGCCAAUUUAAUGAAAAAGAAAAAGGUACAAAAAUAUUUGUAGCAAUUAACGGUGCUCAUAAUACGGUGGUACAUCGAACAAUAUUACAAUUACCAAAGAUUUUAUUCUUAUAAGAGUUAAAUAAUAUUUAUAAAAUAGUUAAUUGUUCAUCUAAAUGCAUAUUAUUAAGUAAUAUGAAUUUCAUUACAGCAUUAAUUGCUUUAAUAUUGUCUAUCAUUUGUAUAAUUAUCUUAAGAUAGAAUCGCUCAAAUGGCAUUAUGGCUUGAUUGCUUGUUUAUUAAGUUUAUUAAUAUCAGUUAUUAAAUUAUAUUGCUUAAUAAUACGUUCAACAAAAGUUUUUGCUAAGGACCAAAGAAUUUCUAGGAUAAGCAUAGAUAAUUAUAUAUAUAAAAUAUAAUAAAGAAUGUCCAAUAUUUUUUUGUAAAAAUAAGAUUACAAUUUACCAAUCUGAAUGUAUCUCAAUAUUCUGUAAUCUAUCAUUGAAUUCAUUCAAUCAUUAUGAAUUCCUCAAGAAGUAUCUUGAAGUUUAAAUUCUAAUAUGGUUUAUUUAGCAUUUGAUAUUUAUUUUUAUCGAUGUUAAUCUUGUAAAAUUUUAUUUUUCUUAGGAAUCAAAACCUCGCACGCGAUUCAUACAUUAAUAGAAAUGAUUAUAUAUUUAUAUACAUUGUAAAAGAAAUUAUUAUAUGUAUAUUGAAUGAUCAUAAUAAUGUAUAACGAACAUUGUGUUCAUACUAAAAGAUAAAUCGUUAUACCAUUUAACUCUAUACGAUCUUAUUUGCCUUACUUAAAGAUUGUAUAAAGAACACGAGUCUCUCUAGGAAAGUUGUCACGUUAUACGCUAAAGUGCGCGAACCAACGGUUCCAUCACUUUACGUGGAAACAAUUUCACUUUUCUUAAUUCAUAUAUACAAAAUCAAAUAAAUGUGAAAAGGAAA